CCUCCCUUUUGAAAGAUUCAUUUGCGACACCUCAAAGGGCCUUUUGCCUCCCACCUGUAUCCUCCGGCAGAGACACUGGAGCCUGCGGAUUGUGGGAAUAAACCUUGAAACAUGUUUAAAGUAAUCUUAACCAAAAGUAAAUCCGUAAUAGCGGCUUAUUUUACAGCAUCUUUUUAUUCCUUAGAAUAGAUCAAUCGGACCCUCUGAUCACACGGGAAUCAGAGGAGAGCGCCCGGUGGCUCAGAGGCUGUCAGUCGCGGUGGAGAGCUUUUUUUCUUUCUCCUCUCCGAGAUGAAGUCACCCGCGGAGCCUGCCGAUGUUUAGUGCGUAAACGCCGACAGGACACGUUGUUGAGAAACCCCGCCGCUUUGAAACAUGCAGAGAGGACCCUCCAAACAAUCGCAACAGGCAGGGGAAAUCUCCACUGUGUCCACAGGCUUCACAGGUGUUGAUCCAGCGAGUCGCGUUUGCGCUUCAGUUGAGGAAUUCCCCGAGUUUGGAGAGACGAGUCCCGCGAGGAGACGGUAGUUUCAAACCAAGUGUCGGCAACGGGCUGGCUGGUUUGCCUGGAAUUCAUCAGAAGACAUCGCUUUGGAGAAGCUUGCGGGGGUCGAGGGGCAUUAAUUAAAAGUGGAGAUAGAGAGAGCGCACAGAGGGGCUUACCAUGAGACACCCAUUUAUGCCAUCUUAGAUCAUUCUUUUUCUGAAGGCUUCUGAUUUUCCCCGGAGCUGCGACACCGACCUGCCACCCAGAGCAGCCUGUAACCUCUCCAGACUCCGGGGCGCAGCGCGUCACGCUGCGCUUAUGGAGACAUUGCUCCUCUAGUCUACUUGGAUCCGUUUUCUGGGCUCUUCGUCGAUGUUAGUUCUCCCAUUUUGAUGAUCACAGGAGUUGGGGAAAAAAAUGGAAAGGAGGAAAGACAUGAAGGACACGUGGAUUCCCGAGGCGCACCGUCGAGUCCGAUUUUGAUGCGUGCAGGUGUCCAAGUAACCAUCCACUACUCUCUCUGUGUAUGAACUGCUACCACAUUUACACGUCUCUUAUAGAUUUCUGCAAAAACUGAAUGAAGACGAAGAAGAAGACGUUCAGCAGGAGUGCUUCGAACACAGGGACGUCCCUGGUCGGAUAUUUGCUUUGGGUUUGAGGGGAAAUCGCUCGGAUAUCAAACCUCUCCAGCGGAGACGCAGCAGAGGCUCGGGAGUUACAGAGAGCAGGGAGAAGAAUUUGGAAAGUAGAACUUACAUUUACGGAUUACCAGGCUUUUUUCUUCUCCGGAACAACUGUGGACACGCUCUUCUUUGAUGUCUGAAAAGACUGUUGUGUGGCCAUGACGAGCGAUGAGGAGGAGGACCCCGGCGUUGCAACAUCAGCAGCAACGGCACCGUCAGCUGCAGCAACCCCCAGGGUGACGGCGGCCACGUCCAGGGAUGAUCCCGUCACCACGUCGUCCCCCUGCAGGCCCUCCCCACACCACCGCCCAUGUCCCGAGGAAAAGGAGGCGAAAGAGAAGGAGAUAGAAGAAGGGAUUAUUCAAGAAGAGAGGAUUGAGAAGGAGGAGGAGGAAGGACAACUGGUGGAGUGCGAGGGGGAUGAUGAAGAUGAGGAUGAUGAGGAUGACGAUGGCAGCAGUGAUACCAGUGUGUUAGUGGUGCCCUAUCCUGAGCUGGUGCCUGUGGUCUUCUUCUGCCUGAAGCAGACGACGUGUCCCCGCAGCUGGUGCAUCCGCAUGGUCUCCAGCCCAUGGUUCGAACGUGUGAGUAUGAUGGUGAUCCUGUUGAACUGCGUGACUCUGGGGAUGUACCAGCCCUGUGAGAACAUCGACUGCUCCUCAGACCGAUGCCAAAUACUAAAGGCCUUUGAUGCAUUCAUCUACAUCUUCUUUGCUCUUGAGAUGGUUAUAAAGAUGGUCGCUCUGGGAAUCUUUGGCCGGCGCUGUUACCUCGGGGACACAUGGAACCGGCUGGAUUUCUUCAUUGUCAUGGCAGGGAUGGUUGAAUACUCUCUCGACCUGCAGAACGUCAACUUCACUGCCAUACGAACAGUGAGGGUGCUGCGGCCUCUUAAAGCAAUUAACAGGGUGCCAAGCAUGCGUAUCCUGGUGAACCUGCUGCUCGACACUCUGCCAAUGCUGGGAAACGUCCUCCUCCUCUGCUUCUUUGUCUUCUUCAUCUUCGGCAUCAUCGGGGUGCAGCUGUGGGCGGGACUGCUGAGGAACCGCUGCUACCCGGAGGAGAACUUCACACUCACCACUGGCAUCAGUCUCCCUCGACCCUACUACAUGGCUGAUGAGGAUGACGAGCGGCCCUUCAUCUGCUCUCUGCCUGUCGACAACGGCAUCAUGUCCUGCUCCGACGUCCCCGCCCGCCGCGAGGGAGGCAGGACAUGCUGCCUGGACAAAGAUGACGCCCUGUACCGCCAGUCGCUCGGCCUGAGCCCCGAGCCUCUGGCCAACGGCAGCGUCAGUGUAGCCGGCCUGUGUGUCAACUGGAACCAGUACUACACCAGGUGUCACACCGGGUACAGCAACCCCCACAAAGGUGCCAUCAACUUCGACAACAUCGCCUAUGCCUGGAUUGUCAUCUUCCAGGUGAUCACUCUGGAAGGCUGGGUGGAGAUCAUGUACUACGUGAUGGAUGCUCAUUCCUUCUACAACUUCAUCUACUUCAUCCUGCUUAUAAUUGUUGGUUCUUUCUUCAUGAUCAACCUGUGCCUCGUGGUCAUCGCCACCCAGUUCUCAGAGACCAAGCAGAGGGAGCAUCAGCUGAUGCAGGAGCAGCGAGCUCGGUGCUCGUCCUCCUCCACCCUGGCCAGCGAACCCGGAGACUGCUACGAAGAGCUCUUCCAGCUCGUCUGCCACUUCUUUCGCAAGGCAAGGAGACAAACUGUUGCCCUCUUCAACACCCUGCGAGGGAAACCUCGUGGCUUUCGUGGUGUUGGAAGAGGUAGAGGUGGAGGGGAAGGGAGGGAGAGGAAGUCCAAUGGACGUGGAGGACGUGAGAGAAGAAGAGAGGUGUUGAGGCACGGUCCUCCCUGUCCCCAUCAUAAUAAACCAGACCACUCCUCAUCCGCUGAGCCCAUGGCCCUCACUGCUGCCUCCGCCACAGAUGGCUGCCCUCAGUGUGCGGCGGCGCUGACGCUCGCUGAUGGGGUGGGACCAGUUCGCAGUGCAGCCAAUGAUGAAGCAGAGGAGGGUGCUGUUGAGGAAACAGACAGGGAGGGUGUAGAGGCUGGCGGGAAAGAGAAGGCCAAGAAAGGCCUCGACAGUGCAGGGACCAACGUGGGAUGUAGUCCUAAGAAGCAAUGCAAGGAGCUAUGGUACGAGAUUAGGACGAAGCUGUGGGGCAUCGUGGAGAGCAAGUACUUCAACCGAGGCAUCAUGAUCGCCAUCCUGAUCAACACCAUCAGCAUGGGCAUCGAGCACCACGAGCAGCCAGAGGAGCUCACAAAUGUUCUGGAGAUCUGCAACAUCGUCUUCACCAGCAUGUUCUCCUUGGAGAUGAUCCUUAAAAUCACAGCUUUCGGCUCCUUUAACUACCUGAGAAACCCCUACAAUGUCUUCGAUGGAGUCAUUGUCAUCAUCAGUGUCUGUGAGAUUGUCGGCCAGUCCGAUGGCGGUUUGUCUGUGUUGAGGACCUUCAGGCUGCUGAGGGUGCUGAAGCUGGUGAGAUUCAUGCCAGCUCUGAGGAGACAGCUGGUGGUCCUAAUGAAGACCAUGGACAACGUGGCCACAUUCUGCAUGCUGCUCAUGCUCUUCAUUUUCAUCUUUAGUAUCCUCGGGAUGCACAUCUUUGGCUGUAAAUUCAGUCUGAAGACGGAGACCGGAGACACAGUACCAGACAGGAAGAACUUUGACUCCCUGCUGUGGGCCAUUGUUACUGUUUUUCAGAUUCUAACCCAGGAGGACUGGAAUGCGGUUUUGUACAACGGGAUGGCAGCCACGUCACCGGUUGCUGCUCUUUACUUUGUGGCCCUCAUGACCUUCGGGAAUUACGUCCUCUUCAACCUGCUGGUGGCCAUCUUGGUUGAAGGCUUUCAGGCAGAGGGCGAUGCAAAUCGUUCUUAUUCGGACGACGACCGCUCCUCCUCCAACUUUGACGAGAGUGAGAAACACGACUCUGUCAAGUUGUCUGACCCGAGGAUCUGCACCCUGACACCUAAUGGCCACCUGGAGCUGGGUGCCCUUUCAGGACCCAGGGGAUCCUACUCCUCAGAGAGGCGAAGCUUUACAGGGUCCAGAAAGAGCAGCGUGAUGAGCCUGGGCAAGAGCAGCCUGGAGAGACGCUCCCUCUCUCUGCGCCACGGGCGCAGUUCCAACUACCACAACUGGGGACACCCUUUCCCUCCACAGUCUGCAUGGAGUCGCAGGUCUAGCUCGAACAGCCUGGGUCGGAGGAGCUAUGGGUUCAGCGGGGCACCUCCGGUGGGAGGCAGCCUUCGUGUUCGCAGCACUCGCUCUCCCCACUCCUACGCUUACGCUGCAGAGCAGGAGUCCCUUCUUUCUCACCCACCUCACUCCCACCAUCCUCUGCUCCCUCAUCAUCCACCUCCGCCCCCACUGUUCCUCUCUCGACAUUUUGCAAGGAGGGAUCGACGGGCUCUUUCUCUGGAGCUCCCAGAGCUGCUUCGGGCAGGUGGACAGCCUCCAUGCCUGCCCCCCAUCCACCCAGACCCUGGGAGGAGGAGUGGGUCCAGGGCAGGAGGGUCCCUCGCAGGAGGGUCGGCUGGUGGUAGUGGUUUAGGUGUGGACCACCGGGACUGUAAUGGCAAGGCGCCGGGUCCCCACACUCAGCUGAUUGCUGAGGUUUUCCCCCAAGUCAACGCCCGAAAGGACAGAGCAGACCUCGAUGAUGAAACAGACUAUAGUUUGUGUUUCCGCAUCCAGAAGAUGAUGGAGGUGUACAAGCCAGACUGGUGUGAAUCCAGAGAGGAGUGGUCUGUGUACCUGUUCUCCCCUCAGAACAAGUUCAGACUGCUCUGCCAGUCCAUUAUUGCUCAUAAGCUGUUUGAUUACGUGGUCCUGGCCUUUAUCUUCCUCAACUGCAUCACAGUGGCUCUGGAGAGGCCGAAGAUUUUGCAAGGCAGCCUGGAAAGACUGUUUCUCACAAUUUCCAACUACAUCUUUACUGCCAUCUUUGUUGCAGAGAUGACUGUUAAGGUGGUGUCCAUGGGUUUGUACGUUGGGGAAAAAGCCUAUCUGAGGAGCAGCUGGAACAUUCUAGAUGGUUUCCUGGUCUUCGUGUCACUGAUUGACAUUGUGGUGUCCAUGGCAGGCGGGGCUAAGAUCCUGGGGGUUCUCCGUGUUCUCAGGUUGCUCAGGACGCUGCGUCCUCUCAGGGUGAUCAGCAGAGCUCCAGGGUUGAAGCUGGUGGUCGAGACCCUCAUCACAUCCCUCAAGCCCAUUGGCAACAUUGUGCUCAUCUGCUGCGCUUUUUUCAUAAUCUUUGGCAUCCUUGGUGUUCAGCUCUUCAAAGGCAAGUUCUACUACUGUGUGGGUUUCGAUGUGAAGAACAUCACCAACAAAUCUGACUGUCUGGCUGCCAGCUAUCGAUGGGUUCAUCACAAAUACAACUUUGACAAUCUUGGACAGGCUCUGAUGUCCCUGUUUGUGCUGGCAUCAAAGGACGGCUGGGUCAAUAUCAUGUACCAUGGACUGGAUGCAGUGGGAAUUGACCAGCAGCCGGUGACCAACAACAACCCGUGGAUGCUGCUCUACUUCAUCUCCUUCCUCUUGAUCGUCAGCUUCUUCGUCCUCAACAUGUUUGUGGGCGUGGUGGUGGAGAACUUUCACAAGUGUCGGCAGCACCAGGAGGUGGAGGAGGCCAGGAGGCGAGAGGAGAAGCGCCAGCGCCGCAUGGAGAAAAAACGAAGAAAGGCCCAGAAACUGCCGUACUAUUCCAACUACGGCCGUGCCCGCCUGGCUAUUCAUGCUCUGUGUACCAGCCACUACCUGGACCUGGUCAUCACCUUCAUUAUCUGCAUCAACGUCAUCACCAUGUCCCUGGAGCACUACAGCCAACCACAGUCUCUGGAGACUGCACUGAAGUACUGCAACUACUUCUUCACAUCCACCUUUGUGAUUGAGGCCUCUCUGAAGCUGGUAGCCUUUGGCUUUCGACGCUUCUUCAAGGACAGGUGGAACCAGCUGGACUUGGCCAUUGUGCUGCUGUCAGUAAUGGGCAUCACCCUGGAGGAGAUCGAGAUCAACGCCUCUCUUCCCAUCAACCCCACCAUCAUCAGGAUCAUGAGGGUGCUCAGGAUAGCACGAGUUCUGAAGUUGUUGAAAAUGGCAACCGGAAUGAGAGCUCUGCUUGAUACAGUGGUCCAGGCUCUUCCUCAGGUGGGGAACCUGGGCCUGCUCUUCAUGUUGCUGUUUUUCAUCUAUGCUGCUCUGGGAGUGGAGCUGUUUGGAGAGCUAGUGUGUAAUGCCGACUACCCCUGUGAGGGAAUGAGCCGCCACGCUACUUUUGAAAACUUUGGAAUGGCCUUUCUUACACUCUUCCAAGUUUCAACCGGUGACAACUGGAACGGCAUCAUGAAGGACACCCUAAGGGAGUGCCCUCCGAGUCAUCCAGGCACUGACUACGGCUGCCACGCUGGGCUGCAGUUCAUCUCCCCGAUGUAUUUCGUGUCCUUCGUGCUCACAGCGCAGUUUGUCCUGAUAAACGUGGUGGUGGCUGUGCUCAUGAAGCAUCUGGACGAUUCCAACAAAGAGGCACAGGAGGACGCCGAGAUGGACGCUGAAAUUGAGUUAGAGUUGGCUCAGGGAGGCCUCUGCUGCAUGAUGGGGGGCAUCGGAGCGAUCGCCGGAGCCACAGGCGGCGCCGCGGGCGGGGCGGGUGUGGGCGGCGCAGCGUCUGGUGCAAUUACAGCCGGGAUGGUCGGGGGUCCAAGUGGUGGCAUGAUGGCACCGCUGCGAGAUGGAGGAGGCGGUGCAGCUCAUGAGACACACACACACCACCGAUGUCAGCUCUACUCCCCUGCUCAGGAGAGCCAGUGGCUGGACAGUGUGUCUCUGCUGAUUAAGGACUCGUUGGAAGGGGACAUGAUUGACAACCUCUCUGGUUCAGUUUUUCAUCACUACUGCUCUCCUCCUGUGUGCAAGGACUGCAAGAGUCACCCAGAAGAGAUUCGAUUGGCAGAGGUGGAGCAGGCGUCGCUGAUGUCAGAGCAGCUGUCAGACAAGUCAUCAUCUCCAGCUCUGCCUGAUGACCUCAGCCUGGAUGAGCACAGCAGCUACCAGCUGCUGGUCAGAGGCAGCCAGAGGGGCAGCACUGACUCCCACAGUUCGGAGGAGUUGCUCACACAGGGGGGCUACACAGGGCUCCGUCCCUCCAGCUCAGGAAGCGAGGACGGUGUCCAGGAGCUGUUUGAAGUGGGCAUCCAUCCUCAGUUAAAUCCUCCCUCGCUGGAGCAACAAAGCCCGGCACACUGCAAAGGUGCUGAUGAAGGGAGCUGCAGUGGAGGUGAUGGUGGGUCUUCACCCAAAUUCCACCUACCAGCAGAUUUCUUCCACCCAGCUGCUGCAGCUCAUCCAGACAGUCCAGGGAAUGGGAAUGGUGUUAGCCCAGGGGACAGAGGGCCAUCCAGGUUGGCCUCCCCAGCCUCGUGGGCCUCCCUCCGCUCACCUGGAGACAGCAGCAGCAGGCCUCUGAGCUCUCAGCACCCGUCCCACAGUGACUCCUCGCUGGCCACAGAGAGCUCAGAGGGCAGCCUGCAGACCACGCUGGAAGAAGGGCUCAGCUUCAGCGUCUCCCCACCCCGAGGUCUGGGUCUCCCCAUGCCUGUCCUCGUCCCUCUCCCCAGCCAUUCUUUACACCCCCAGGGACCGACCACAGGUGAACAGGGCCGCUCAUCAAUAAAGAGAUGCAGCACUACAUUAACCCUCCAAGCCACCCGUCGGCACCAGAGGAGUCAGAGCAGCAGUGGAGGCGGCAGCACGAGCCCCGGCUGCCCCCGGCAGGACUCCAUGGACCCUUCAGAUGAGGACGUGGGCACCGGGACGGGCAGGGAUGGCUGCCGCCAGACCUUCAACAGCGAACACUUGUCGGAAACUCUGAACAGCCUCUCUCUGACCUCGCUGCUCACCCCGGGCUCUCUGGCACCCCCGCUGGUGAAGAAAUGUAACAGCACAGGUUCUCUAGACCAAACCAAUCUAUCUGCCCGGAGUAAAGAUGGACGCCAGUUCUACAGCAUAGAUACCCAUGGUUACCUUUCCAAUCCCUGGACAGAGGAAAGGGCAAGAGGUGAGGAGGAGGACAAUGAUUUCACAGGAUUCAGCAUGAAAAGCAGCAGUCGGCCCACAGACACAAGCUCCAGGAAAAAAAGAUGAAACACUUGUUGCCUCUCUGUAGUGGAACUCUUCUACUAUUUGCAUUUCUGGACUUUGAACAGAACAGGGAGAGACUUUGAAUACACGUCCUGUGAACCUGUUUCUGAAAUUCUCUCUCGUCUUUGAAUUGUCUGUUCUCUCUCUUUCCUCCUCAGAUGCAGCUGCUUGGGAUCAGUCAUUUCUCAAAAGAUGACCGGUACCUCUGAGUUUUGACAUCCGCGGGAUGAUUUCCACAGGACAUGUGGUUGCUCUUAGACAGGUCUUAACAGUAUUGACAAGGGGCCUUUAAGCAUAAUCAGGAAUCCGCCUUGAAUGAUCUGGCAGUCAGAGGCUUUGUAUUUUAGCCAUCUUGACAGAAUAAUCCGGAAGCCAUUAGAGAGAUGGGUGUGAAAAUUGCGGUAAUUGAUGGACAUUACGAAAGUGAUGCUGUUUACAUGAAGGGACAGGACUUGCUUGACCCAGUGUGGCCUGAACCUUUGCGCAAAACCAGUGUUGUCACAAAUGGACAGAUGACAAACUCUGAAGCUUCUUUUGAGGAAGAACUGAACUUUGUACAGUUGUUUUUUUCUGUUGUUCUUUUUUUUUUUGUAAUAUCCAUCAGUAACAGUAGCACUAACCUUUUAUUUUCUCUUUGGCAGAUUUGGUGGGUAAUGGAAAAUUGAAAGGUUGUAUAUUCUGUGUGUUUUGUUUUGUUUUUUUCAACUUCAACGAAUUGAAGUUGUGUGAAUGUCGAUAUGCCUGUCUCCAUUUGUGAGAAAGAGGGAGGCAAGACAAGCGAGGAGCCUGGCUAGUCAGAAAAUCGACGAAGGGCCUCUUUGAAAAGAAGAAUGAACAUAUGACUGCUGCUGAGAUACUUGUGGGUAGCUAGUGGAAGCAUUGGUCACUUUCCGAGUGGAGUCUUGCUUUCUCCAUACCCAUGAAAGGGCUAAAAUGUAUUGAAUGCAGACCUGGGCCAAAUACUGUUGGCAAACAGUUGUUUGCUGCCUACCACAAUUGUUUGAAAAUGUUGGUUAGAUACAUCCACUCCUUUUCUGGAGACUUUGCUGAUGUUAAUAUAUUAGUACAUUAGAUUAAAGCUAUAUUAAGCUAUUUUUUAAAACAAAAACAUUGAAAUUAGGUUCCCUCUACAAACACUUUAAAGGACUUUUUCAGUACAUGUCCUACAUAUGUACAUGUUAAAUAGGUUGUUGUACUUUCUACAGGUCAAAGAUAAAAUCUGAACUAAUUUAAAAACAAUUCUUUAACAUAAGAUGUGGAUUAAUGCAAUUUAUUUAUUUUUUCUAAAUUCUCCAGCUUUACCCUCUGGCUACCAUAAUAAUAGCAUCUUUGCAUCCGACAGUUGUUGACUGCUGAAACUUCUUUUGACAUGCUACCUACCUUGUGAUUGGCAUUGCAACUGGACGCUGUAACUAACUAAGCACCCUUUUCUCUUUUUUCAAAGCGCAUUGAAUGAAAAUUAAUAUUGCCAGUUUUGCAUGUAAGUUGAAGUAGCUAGUUCGCACAGACGAUGGGCCCUUUUGAAAAGCAGUUAUGUCUAAACCUGCCAGUGGGUCAUCCCAAGAAGAAUAGGCAGGAGGCAGGUGGAUUUAAUGUUACCACACCCCACGAGGCUUGGUGUUCUCUGCAGUUGGAUGGAUAAAUCAGGAAAGACUCAGCCCAAAUGGUUUGGAAAAUGUCGGCAUAUUAGAUAUUAGCAAAAAUCCAAUAUUGUGCGUCUCUAGUUAUACGGUCUUUUAUGCAAAGGCUACCUUUGGAUAAGCUUUUGCAUUUGUACCAACAGUGUUUGCCUACAGACAACAAAGCCACAUUAUUAGAUCCAAUAUUACCACUGGUAUAGGCCCUUGCUAAUCGCCAGGUUGUUAACAUGUCAACAGUUCCUUCUUUUAUUGUAGUCACCAGAAAGCACCAGCACUACAGUUUAUUUUAAAUCAAAUAGAAGAUACCGGCUUAUGUCAUUUUGUGGGAUGGAUCGAGGGACUCGGAGUAAACUGGACAACAGAUUUUCUAAACUUUUUCCAAUUUUAAAAAGACCAAAAUGUAAUAUAGAAACGCAUAGGGUCUUGUGAAGUCAGCAUAGGAUCUGAAAAGCAAGGGGCUCCGAUUCUGUUAAACCCAAAUGAUUAUUUGACUCAGGUCUGCUUGAGUGUAGCAUGAUAUUAGAAAAUAGCUAAUACUAUGGCAAGCAAUGUGGUCCAAAUUAAUGUAGUUUUUACCUUUGAGCACUUGUCAUUUUGACAGAUUGUGAUGAUAUAUAAUUGUGUCACAAUCAUUACAAUCCCAACCAGGUGGACCUCAGGUGGACCAAUAUGCACUCACACUCACACACACACACAACACACACAUACACAUUAUCCCACACACACACACCAACAGCCACCAUCAUACAAAGAUGCCAAUGUCAAAACAAUGCAGGAUGUUUCUGUAGUUGUUUAUGGCGAGACAGAAGAAACCUCAGUGUUUAUCUCUUUCCCUACUUUGUCUUCAUUCCCCUCCUUAUUUUCAUUCGAUUGUAUUAUCUCCCUUCCACAGGGAAGCGGGAGGAUUAAAUGACUAUUGACGACCCCACCUCUAUUUGAGAUAUGCAAUAUGCUACAGUAGAUGUACAGUUAGAUGUAUGAGACUCGUAUAGAUAGGCAAUAUGGUGAGAGAAGAUUAUAUUUAUGAAUUCAUGUAUUAGAAUAAAAUGUCACCAAGAUUCAAAGGUCACUGAAAGGAUGAUGAUGUUUUCAUGUAUUCCACAGUGUGUGUUCUCUUUUUCCCUCCCAUCUCCUCGACCCGAUUUUCUUUAUUUUCAAAAUGCAUGUGGGUUGUCCCCCCCCCCCCCCCGUUUGAUUAAAUGUCAUUCUAGUGUCAUAUAAAAGUCAGAUAGCUUUUCAACAUCUUCGGACUCCUGAAGUUAUUCUUUCAAAAUGUCAUUUGCUGUAUUGUUUUCCCUCCGUUUGUUCUUCAGAGUUGUGUCAGAGUUUAAUAUGGGUCUCAAGUGUUACUCACAGUACAGUAUUUGUUUUGUCAGGCUGUGACCGUAGUGGUAUCGCUGCAAGAAGAUCUAGAAUAACUGCAUGUGACACCUCUUUUAAAAUUAAAUUAGACUGGAUGAAUAAUUUAGCCUACUGGUUUAACUUUCUAAUUUUUUAGAAAUUAACCUUUUGUCUAAUAUCCAAAAGAACUUUUCUUGGUGUAAUUUAAUAAUCUAUAUUUUUGCUUUCAGGCUGCUUUUGUCCACAUGUGAAACUUCUUGCUACAGCACUCAUCACUCAUUUUGGCAUGUUUCUUCCUACAGGCAGACAACAUCCACACAGUGACCCUGUCAGCCACUAAGGAUCAGCUGCAGAUCAAAAUAGUCUUUUUAUAACAGCUCGAUCUCUUUGCAAUUCAAGAAACAGUUGCAUAACAUCAAUCUGUUUUUUUGAGUUCGCAGAAGUAUAAUGAACCAAAAUGUCAAGACGUUUCAAUGAUUGCAUUUUGGGCCAAAUAUUCAGCCUAGUAUGACGAAACAUGUGAACAACACAGGAAAUGAUAGAGCGCUUUCUGUCAGAGUGCUUUUUUGUCAAGAGGCUAACAGACUGAGUGAGUUAAAGCUCUGCUAAUCAUAACCCUUGACUUAAUAGCUUGCUAAGUGUUGAAAGCUUAAAAGAUGAACGAAGAUCCAAAGUGACCAGGAGCCACAUAUCGUCUGAGGCCUCUUAUCGGAUUCCACUGAAAGAAACUCUUUAGUACUGAAGCUGCUGACUGACAUUAUAUUGCACAAUGUUCAAUAUGUUCUCUGUAAUUUUGGAUUAAUAAAUCAGAGGCUAAAUCACCAGCCUGUAGGGCAAAUAAAUUGCUGUCACGUAGCGAUGUUUCAAAACUG